UUCAUUUGUUUUGGAUGCAUUUAAAAGAACAUUCUGUAAUGAAGACCCAGUCAAAAACACCAUACCUUAUUUAUGGGAGAAUUUUGAUAAAGAAGGCUACAGUAUCUGGAGAUGUGAUUACUUGUAUCCGGAGGAACUCAAGAUGACAUUCAUGGCUUCAAAUCUAGUUGGUGGGUUCUUCCAGCGCAUUGAGAAACUCCACAAGUACGGGUUUGCUGUCAUUUAUGUUCUUGGGGAGAACUACAAGCUGAACAUUUCUGGCUUUUGGAUCUUGCGUGGGCAGGAACUAGCAUUUGAUGUGAGUUCAUCUUUGUACUUCUAUUAG